GCCAGCAGCCGUUGCCCGCCAGUAGGGAGCCGGCUGAGAGGGGACGCGGCGGUGCUGGUGGAAGGAGGAGGGCGAGGAUAUUAGAAAUGGCUACUCCCCAGUCCGUUUUCAUCUUUGCAAUCUGCAUUUUAAUGAUAACAGAAUUAAUUUUGGCUUCAAAAAGUUACUAUGAUAUCUUAGGUUUGCCAAAAUCAGCAUCAGAGCGCCAAAUCAAGAAAGCCUUUCACAAAUUGGCCAUGAAGUAUCAUCCUGACAAAAAUAAGAGCCCUGAUGCGGAAGCAAAAUUCCGAGAGAUUGCAGAAGCCUAUGAAACACUCUCAGAUGCUAAUAGGCGAAAAGAGUAUGAUACACUGGGACACAGUGCUUUCACUAAAGGACAGAGAGGUAGUGGAAGUUCUUUCGAGGAGUCAUUUAACUUCAAUUUUGAUGACUUAUUCAAAGACUUUGGUUUUUUUGGUCAAAACCAAAACACUCGGUCCAAGAAACAUUUUGAAAAUCACUUCCAGACAAGCCAGGAUGGUUCUAGUAGACAAAGGCAUCAUUUCCAGGAGUUUUCUUUUGGAGGCGGACUGUUUGAUGACAUGUUUGAAGAUAUGGAGAAGAUGUUUUCUUUUAGUGGUUUUGACACCACUGGUCGGCACACAGUACAGACUGAAAAUAGAUUCCAUGGAUCUAGCAAGCACUGCAGGACUGUCACUCAACGCAGAGGAAAUAUGGUCACUACAUACACUGACUGUUCAGGACAAUAGUUCAUUCUUUUUCUGUUCUCACGAAACCCAACUAGUUAACUGUUCUUCACUAUCUAUGAUGUAAAACAGUUUGUGAACUAUUUUGACAAGUGCAUGAUUUCACUUAACUUGAUAUAGCUGUUAAAUAUAUUUAAAUUGUUUUUGACAAAUUAAGCAACAUUCAGGUAGUAGAGAAAUAGCUAAUUAUUAAUUUUUCUGAUUAGGAAAGGGUCUCGAAAAGAAAGAAAAAAAAAGAUCUAAUUCUGCCUGGUCAUUGUUCUCCACCUGCCCUUGGGCUUAUUGAUGUGGCCAGUUUUAUUACCAAGAAAAGAAUGAGUUUGCCUGAUACAUAUUUAAAGGUUAAACUUUUAAAUUUAUUUUAGAUUAAAUUGUAUGAACUUGAAUGAUUUUUGCAGUGAAACCUUUGCUAACUUAAAAUUGCAUGUUCUCUAGCAUCGCUGACUUGGGUUGCUAAGUGUAUGUGGAACUGGACAGCGAGUCGUUCAGCAAAGGGUAGCAGUACCUUGUUCAGUUUCCACUGGAAGCUUCAGAAACGCAUGGUUAACAUUUACCACAGCCCUGCCUUUCUGUCGUCAGAGUGGAGUCAAGGAAGUGAAUGUAUUGCUCCUAGUCAUUUAUGCUGAAAGAAAGUUGAAAACUUACGAAAUAUUGCCAAGAGAUUGUUACAUAUUUGGCCCCUGGCUAAUUAUUUUAUAAUGUUGGAAUCAUAGCUACUUUAGAUAUCUUUCCAAAUUUCCUUAAUUGUUGGCUCUCUGUGUCUUACAAUAGAUUUAUGUAUUUUGUGUGUGUGUGGUUCCUCUUCUUUGCACUCAUCUUUAUCUAGAAAUUGACUAAUACCUCAUUCUGUUUGUAAAAACAGUAAUUUCUGCGCAACCUUAUUAUGUGCAAUAUUUUCAAAUCCUAAGAAAUGUGUGCUUUUGUUGUCAGAUAGACUUCUUUAGUUCUGCACUUUCCCAUGUUAUACUCCAUAUGAGUAUUAAUCCUAUGGAUACAUAUUAAAAGUAGUAAAUGUCUCAUACAACGUUGUGUGUGAGAGAAAUAUAAUACUUACAAUAUGAUAUUCUCUGUUGUCAUUUAUUUAAGUUUAUCCUGAAAUUCUGGAGGUAUGCUUAUUAGAAUAAGCAAUGAGGCUGCUUAUGCUGAUCAUAGACCAUAUUCCAGAAGUUAUUUUGCUUUCUUUCAUCCUCCUUCCCUCACAGAUUCUGUAGCUUGAAGAUUUUGUUUGGUGUAUUUGCUUGCUAGGAGCAAGUGUUUUUGCUACGAUUCUUUCUCUGUUAGGUUUGGUUGGGAAAAAGAAGAGUCUUUGCAUAAAGCUAUAUUUGUUAAUGAUCAUCUUUAUUUUGAAAAUUGAGUAGAUUUAUUAUAUUUAUGUACCUUAAUUUUCUGGAAAUUAAGUUUGAUUUGUUUGAUAAUAAUAGCCGUACUGUGAAUUUGAUCUGAAGAUGAUCUGUAGCCUAUCAAAACAAAUGGGGGAGGCCAUGUUUAAAUCGGGGUUAACCUUAAGGAUUAUUUUUAUAUUAUU